AUGGACGAUAGAGGAGGAUCAUUUGUGGCUGUGAGGAGGAUUUCUCAAGGUCUGGAGCGAGGAAAUAAUACUUGCCAUUCAACUUCUGCUGAGGUUGUGGCAGGAUCAGCAGCAUGGCUUGGCCGUGGCCUUUCUUGUGUUUGUGCACAGAGAAGAGAGAGUGAUGCUCGUCCAUCAUUUGAUUUAACCCCGGCACAGGAGGAAUGCUUGCAGAGGCUGCAGAGCCGUAUAGAUGUUCCCUAUGAUAGUUCAGUUCCUGAGCACCAGGAAGCUUUGAAGGCCUUAUGGAAUUCUGCCUUUCCUGAUGAAGAACUUCAUGGUCUGAUAUCUGAGCAGUGGAAGGAAAUGGGUUGGCAAGGAAAGGAUCCAUCAACAGAUUUUAGGGGUGGUGGUUUUAUAUCAUUGGAGAAUUUGUUGUUCUUUGCUAGGAAUUUUCCGAAGUCCUUUCAGGAUCUUCUUCAAAAGCGAGAAGGUGAUCGAUCAGUAUGGGAAUACCCAUUUGCUGUAGCUGGUGUGAACAUCACGUUUAUGCUCAUUCAGAUGCUUGAUCUAGAAGCAGUCAAACCACGAACACUGGUGGGAGCAACUUUCUUGAAGUUUCUAGCAGAGAAUGACUCAGCAUUUGACCUUCUCUAUUGCAUAACAUUCAAGCUAAUGGAUCGUGAAUGGCUUACCAUGCACGCCUCAUAUAUGGACUUCAAUGCGGUUAUGAAAUCCACACGCCGUCAACUAGAGAGGGAGCUUCUGUCUGAAGACAUAAUACGGCUAGAAGACUUGCCCUCAUACACCCUUCUUACACAAUAG